AUGAUGCGCCGGCAGCGCCCAACGUUUACGAGCGCCGAGCUCGAGCUCCAGCUCCAACAGAUAUCCCUCGACCCAACGUCUGCGACCGCCGAGAACCUCGAGGCACUCACGCCGCUCAUCAAGUCCAUACAGGAGACGGACACCGAGCAGCUGUACCUGCGCAGUCUCGACCGCUUCGUCGAGGAGAAGGAGCACGAGAUUGAAAAGAUCUGUGGGAGCAACUAUGAGGACUUUGUAUCGUCUGUCCUUACCUUAUCUACGGUGAGGCAAGGUACGGGCCACUUGCGAAAGCGCAUCGGCGAGCUGGACGGCCAGAUGGGCGAUGUCGGCCGCGCUCUCGGAGAGAAGAAACGCACUCUGUUAGAGCAGAAGAAGGUCGCGAGGAACAUGGACGACGCGAUCGAGACGCUUCAGACUUGUCUCCGUCUUCUGGACCUUGUCCACCGCGUUGGUGACAUGAUUCGCGAGGGCAAAUACUGGGGUGCACUGAGGAUGAUCGAAGACCUCUCGCACCUCCCCCCACCAUCCAUCUCAAACACUCCCUUUUAUCUACACCUUAUCUCGUCCCUGCCGUCUCUCCGCUUGUCCAUCAAGGACGCAGUCACGGCCUCGACCAAGUCCUGGCUGUUUGACAUUCGCGAGUCUAGUGCCCUCGUUGGCAAGCUCGCUCUCGAGCAGAUGGGUGCGCGUAUCAAGAAGUGGCGCGCAAAGAGAGAGAAGGAUGGUGGAAUCCGUCUUGCCAGGAUAGGCGGCUCCCUCGAGAUUGUCAGCAACGAGCGCGUGGAAUUUAACGCUCUCGAUAACGACCAGAUCAAGAUCGACUUCCGUCCCCUGUACCAGUGUGUACACAUCCACGAGGCUCUCGACUCCAAGGCCGAGCUGCAGCGCAACUACCAAGAGGACCGAAAGACCCAAGCCGACCUGAUCAUGGCCGCGCGCUCGGCCACCAACCCGGACACGCUCAUGACCACGCUUCCUCACCUGAUGCAGGAGCUUGUGGGCUUCUUCAUCAUCGAGGCGCACGUGCUCAAGAGUGUGACUGAUUUCCGCUCGCAGCGCGACGUCGACGACCUGUGGGACGAGAUGUGCCGUCGUAUCAUUGGCGUCGUGUCUCUCGGCCUCAAGGGCUGCAGUGACCUCAACGUCUUCCUCGAGAGCAAGACGAACAUUCUCCUCUUUGUUCAGACCCUUGAGGGCUACGGCUAUGACAUUUCUGAGCUCAACGGUCUGCUCAUCACCUUGUUCGAGCGCUACUCGGAGCUUCUCAUUCGCAAGUUCAGCGCCGACUUUGACCAUAUCGUUCGCGACGACGACAACUUGCCCAUGAUGGUCAACGACCAGACUGAGUUUGACCAGGUGUCGGGCGUGUGCUGGCUGGCAACAGGCGAGAUGGAGUCGUUGGCAAUGCAGGGAUUCCCUCAACCCAUGCCGUUCUCGCAGACAUACCCCAUGUGCUGCAUCAACAUUCGCGACUUUGUGGAGCAGUUUUACCAGUUUGCCGACGGCGUCACUCAGCACCACGUCGACAUUGAUGAGGUGUUGCGCAAGUCCCUCGACGACCUCCUCACGGUCCAUGUCAGCAAGCAGACUGCCCACCGGCUGCGGACGACGAGCAACCUGUCCCAGAUUGCCCAGAUUGUUAUCAACUUGGGCUACUUUAGCAUCGCCGUCGAGGAGCUUGAGGGCGUGCUCAUGAACCUUCGUGCGUCACAGCGUGGUGGCCCCAUCACACUGUCUGCAGCCAACUCGUUCGCCGACACGCUGCGCAUCGCCCAGACUCGCAUCGAUGCCGUCAUUGCGUCCAAGCUCGAGUCGUUCUUUGAGCUGUCCGAGUACAACUGGCUGCCAAAGUCUGCUUCUGCCAACAUUGAGCCAAGCACCUAUGUGUUUGAGAUGAUCACUUUCCUCACGGCCUACGUCGACUCUGUCCUCAUUGGCUUGCCGGACGAGACCAAGACGCGCGCGUACGAGAACGCGUUGAAGAGGAUCAACCAAUGGUUUAUGGAAACGCUCACGGGUCGAGACGUGCAGCGGUACAACGAAGCGGCGCUUACCUUGGUUCUUGCCGACGUGACCUUUAUCGAGACGGAGAUCCAGCGGCUCGGCCGGCCCGGGUUGGAUCACGUCUUUGAUGAAGUCAAGCUGUCCAUCAAUGUGAUUCUGAGCGACGCCGUCCAUGCGUUCCUGGAAACGUCCAUUCGGCAGCUGUCGUACACUGCGGUCAAGCCACACCGUCUUUCGACCAUGUUGUCCAAGCUGGCGUCUGGGUCGCAGGCGAUGGGCGCACACAGCAAAGCCGAGCGGCGUCGCGCCGAAGCUCUCGAGGUCGCCCGAGUCCGAUGA